AUGGCCAAGCUGGUGGAGUGUGUCCCCAAUUUUUCGGAGGGGAAUAACAAAGAGGUGAUCGAGGUGCUGGGACAAGCCAUCUCCCGGACACCCGGCUGCCUGCUGCUGGAUGUGGAUGCCGGCCCCUCCACCAACCGCACUGUCUACACCUUUGUGGGGAUCCCAGAGGCUGUUGUGGAAGGGGCACUGAGUGCAGCUCGAGCAGCUGCACAGCUCAUUGACAUGAGGCAGCACAAGGGUGAACACCCUCGCAUGGGGGCCCUGGACGUGUGCCCCUUUGUGCCAGUGAGGAACGUGAGCAUGGAGGAGUGCGUUGCCUGCGCCUGCAGCUUCGGGCAGCGCUUGUCCACGGAGCUGGGGGUUCCUGUUUACCUGUACGGAGAAGCAGCGCGGCAGGAGAGCAGGAAAUCCUUGCCAGCCAUCCGCGCCGGGGAGUACGAGGCGCUCCCCGAAAAGCUUGCGAAACCAGAGUGGGCUCCCGAUUUUGGACCCCCCACCUUUGUGCCCCGGUGGGGAGCCACAGUGACAGGGGCCCGCACCUUCCUCAUCGCCUACAACAUCAACCUGCUCUGCACCAAGGAGUUGGCUCACCGCAUCGCCCUCAACAUCCGCGAGCAGGGCCGCGGCGCUGAGCAGCCCGGGCGCUUGAAGAAGGUCCAGGGCAUAGGCUGGUAUUUGGAGGAAGAGAAUAUAGCCCAGGUUUCCACAAACCUCCUGGACUUUGAGACCACACCACUCCAUGAAGUCUACGAGGAGGUGUGCCAAGACGCAGAGGCGCUGAAGCUCCCUGUGGUGGGGUCACAACUGGUAGGACUUAUUCCCAAAAAGGCCAUGCUGGAUGCAGCUGAGUUUUACAUCAAGAGGGACAAACUUUUCAUUCUGGAGGAGGAACACAAGAUAAGGCUGGUGGUCAGCCGCCUGGGCCUGGAUUCACUGUCUCCGUUUAACCCCCGGGAGCGCAUCAUUGAGUACCUGGUGCAGGCCGGAGAAGCGGCCAGGGGUCUGGUGGCCAAGCCGCUGGGGGCCUUCGUGCGAGCGGUCGGCGAGCGGUCGGCAGCGCCGGGAGGAGGCUCUGUGUCUGCAGCCGUGUCUGCGCUGGGAGCUGCGCUGGGCUGCAUGGUGGGGCUCAUGAGCUAUGGGAAGCGGCAGUUUGAGGAGCUGGACGCUGUCAUGAGGAAGCUGAUCCCCCCCUUCCACCAGGCCAUGGAUGAGCUGGUGGCCAUGGUGGAUGCCGAUUCCCAUGCCUUCAGCAGCUACAUGGAAGCUAUGAAGCUGCCAAAAAACACCGCUGGUGAGAAGGUGAGGCGCGCAGCCGCCCUGCAGCAGGGGCUGAAGGCGGCGGUGGAAGUGCCCUGUGCCCUGGCAGAGAAGGUGAGCGGGCUGUGGCCCGCGCUGCAGGAGCUGGCACGCCACUGCAACCUGGCCUGCAAGUCUGACAUCCAGGUGGGAGCCAAGAUGCUGGAAGCUGGUGUGUUUGGUGCCUAUUGCAAUGUCAUGAUCAAUCUCAAAGACAUAACGGAUGAGCAGUUCAAGCAAGUGAUGUCCCAGAAGGUCUCUGGUCUGUUGGACGAGGCAAAGCAGAACUUGGAGCUUGUGCUGGCGCUGCUGGAGAAGCGGUCAGCAUGA